CAAACAUCUGCCCAGAUUCUUUCCCCCGGUUUCCCCGAUUUCCCCGCAGUCUGCACUCCUAUCCUAUCCUGCUUCCCCGGAGUCACUGAGCAAUUGGAUCGGCUUGAUACGCAGGGUAUUGACUGUUUCUUUUUUUCCAGUUUCCGGCGUUGAUCAUGGCUGAGACGCCCGACUAUCGGAAACGAAAGAGAACCUCGCAUGCGUGUGACGCCUGUCGACACCGCAAAGUAAGAUGCGAUGGCCGACAGCCCUGCACGACGUGCUGCAACACGGGCGAGGACUGCUCGUAUGGCACUGAGGCGAUUCCAAAAAGCAAGAGUGAUCUCAUUCUCGACGUUGCGUUGCGGUCGGAGACGCUUCUGCGUGAACUGUCGGCCCAGCUGCACACGGUCAUCCGUUCGAAUACAAAUGCCUCGUCGCCUGGGGCGAUCAUCUCCCCCCGUACGAUCGACUCGGCCCAGAACGCGGACAGUCACAUCUCGAACGCGACGCUGUCGGCCUUCCAUGCCUCGACCACGGAGUCGAUUCUGGCGUGGCCGCAUUUCGACGACUUUGUGGCCUUGCGCCAGGCGCACAGCUUCUCCGUCUUCCACCUCGAGUCGACCCGCGCGCCGCCUGGCCGCCCUUCCUCCGCGGUGCCCAUGCACCCCUUCGCGACCAAGUACGAGGUAGACCGACUCGUGCACAGCUUCGAGCAGACCGUCAACUUCUGGUACCCUACCAUGUCCUCGGCCAUGACGCGGGAUCUCGCCUCCCGUGUUCUGGUAGGCUCGCUCGACGAAUCCAUGACCUCCUGCCUUGCCCUGCUCGUGAUGGCCCUGGGCUGUGCUAGCGAGCUGGUCUGCUCGUACGCCGGCCACGAGGCACCCGCCGCCGACGAAUUGGAGAGCCGUCGUCAGCGCCGUCUCAUGGGCGAGCUGUACUUUGACUGUGCCUUUCGCAAGAUCUACCUCGCGCAGGCUGAAUGUACGGCGGAAGCCGUGCAAUGCCUGUUCUUUACUGCACUCUUCUUUGCCUUUCAACAACGUCCGCUCCAGGCGUGGUCGUUCAUCAGCUCCACGGCGGCCAAAUGCCGUCUGCUGCUCUCGUAUCCUGACUCGGAGGGCCUCCCGGACCAGCAGGAGUGUUUACGGCGGAUCUUCUGGUCGUGCUAUAUCUUAGAGAGUGACUACCUGGCCGAGCUGUCCGCCCUGCCGCAAACAGGAAUCGCAGAUAUCGAAUCGUCCGUCCCCCUGCCCGGGGAGUACCACACACACGCCUCGCAGGCAGACGAGGAACAGUCAUCACUGUAUUUCCUAGCGUGUAUCUCGAUGCGCCGCCUGCUGAACCGCGUGCACAACCUGCUCUACGCGCGGGACACGGGCGUGGGCUUCGAUAAUCAACAAUUCCCUUCCGUGGUGGCCGAGCUGGGCCACCAACUCGAGGAAUGGAAGGAGUUGCUCCCUCCCCCAUUCCAGUUCGCCGUCGACCUCAGCCCGGCGCGGUCCAUCCCGGGAGCCUUUCUCCGACAACGCUACCUCACCUGCAAGAGCGUCAUCUACCGACCGUACCUGACCUGGGCGCUGUCCAACACCGCCAGCGCGCCUGCCGUGAACCAUUUCCCCGCCGUUGUCUACGAGGGCUGCCAGAGCUGUCUGGACGCCUGCUGGCUACAUGCGCAGAACCUGGGCAGCUUCCCACAUACCAUCAUGAUCGACACGUGGAUCUGCUCCUUAUCGAUGGCCUCCGUCAUGCUGAUCACGCUUGCUGCAUCACGUCUUACUGCCCUCCGCGGCUGCAUGUCGCCCAAAGUCGCCGAGAUGGGACCGCAUCUGACCCAGCUGCUCACUCAAUGGAUGCAUAUCCCCGGCCAUGGGGUGUCGCCCAGCGUCCUGCAGAGUGUCAAAUUGAUUGGGGAUGUCAGCGUUUCGCUCAAGAUGAUCUUGCGGUAGUAGCACUGGAUGUUUCUGCAUAAUACGGGGCUUCGUAUCCCAUAACAACAGUAGAUUGUCAUCACAGAGUGGUCAGCUCUAAAACCAUGUGGAUGUAGAUACCUUGCCUUCCAGUUAUACAAGAGUACUUUGCAACUGGAUACUGAACUGUCUCAUGUCUAACUACACCUCCACAACCGCCUGUAGGUGUUUGAUUCACUCUACUCUAGACUACCAUGAAUCCACAUCUAUCAAACAUGCU